CCGGCCGGCAGAGGCGCCCACCUCCCCGUUCGUGGGCGCCUCUGGGAGUUCUGCGGCCGAGCAUCCAGCCGCCGCCCGUCACGCUCCGAGGCGUCGGCGUGAAGACGCGGGGAGGUCGUGGGAGCGAGUGGCGGGGGUGCGGUGUCUGGGCAGUGGGCGCUGCGCGGUGGCCCCGCGGUCUGGGUAUGUGUGUAUGUGAGUGUGUGCACACAAGUGUGUGGGCCUCUGGGGGCCUUGGCCCGGCGCGCACGGCCCUGAGCGUCCGGUGUGCCCGAGAGGCCGGGGAGUAUGCAGGUGGAGUGUGUGUGUGCGUGCAGUCCGGGCAGAGGCGCCUCCUGGAGCCGCAGGGUGGAGCGUGGGCGCGCGAGUCUUUGUGCCCGCGUGUGUGCGCGAGGGCGCCGCCCCCCGCUGUCCCGGGGGCUGACAGCUGUCCAGGGGAUGCUGCACUGGUCCGGCCCUGGUCGCCCCCACCGCGCUGCUUCCCGGAACCCAGUACCCUCCCUUCCCCUCCGCCCUGCCUCGCCUCUGCGCAGCGAUCCGGACCCGCCCCAGGGUUCCUCGAAAGCCCAGCGGGGCGCUGGAGGACCCUGGAGGCUCCCCGCCCGGUCCAUCGCGUCUAGAAGAGGAGCGAGGAGAGUUAGGGGGGGAGGGAGAAACCGCGAAGAUGCUGCCGCAGCCUCAGCGGACGAGCCGGGACCCGCCACCCCCGUCCCCGCCCUGCACACUCCUCUGUGCCCCCUCAGCCUCCAGCUGGAAGGCGGGUUCCCCAGGCCCCCUCCACGCCCCCAGCAUUUCCUCGCUCGUCCUGCCUCUCCCUCGGCAGGCUCGGUCUCUCUUUCCCCCUUCCACUCUCCUUCCCGGUGCCCUCUUAUCUUCUCACACCCUGGAGUCCCUGGACAGGGGCUGAGGGCCGGGCAGUGGAGGUAAGGGGGAGGACAGAGGUGGGGGGACUGGGUGUGUCCUGGUACCAAGUGUCCGGCCAGAGGGAUGUGAGGAGAAGACGUCUGUGGGUAGUAGGGCUGGGGGCUCCAAGACCAUUGGGUGUGUAGGGGUUGGAGGAGGGUGUAGGGGUGUCAGGUCAGGUUAUUGAUCCCAGCAUCCCUGGUUCUGCCCACAGUGACUGCAGCUCCCCAGGAGCCCCCUGCCCGGCCUCCCCAGACGGGCCGUGGAAUUGGCCGGUCCUCUGGGCGCGCCAUGCGCAGCACCACACUACUGGCACUGUUGGCUGUGGUCCUGCUCUACUUGGUGUCUGGUGCCCUGGUGUUCCAGGCCCUGGAACAGCCCCAUGAGCAGCAGGCCCAAAGGGAGCUGGGGGAGGUCCGAGAGAAGUUCCUGAGGGCCCAUCCAUGUGUGAGCGACCAGGACCUGGGGCUCUUCAUCAAGGAGGUGGCUGAUGCCCUGGGAGGGGGUGCAAACCCUGACACCAACUCAACCAGUAACAGCAACCACUCAGCCUGGGACCUGGGCAGCGCCUUCUUUUUCUCAGGCACCAUCAUCACCACCAUCGGCUAUGGCAACGCGGCCCUGCGCACAGAUGCUGGCCGCCUCUUCUGCAUCUUUUAUGCACUGGUGGGGAUCCCGCUGUUCGGGAUACUGCUGGCAGGGGUCGGGGACCGGCUGGGCUCCUCCCUACGCCGCGGCAUUGGUCACAUCGAAGCCAUCUUCCUGAAGUGGCAGGUGCCACCAGAGCUGGUGCGAAUUCUAUCGGCGGUGCUCUUUCUGCUGAUCGGCUGCCUGCUCUUCGUUCUCACGCCCACGUUCGUUUUCUGCUAUGUGGAGGGCUGGAGCAAGCUGGAGGCCAUCUACUUCGUCGUGGUGACGCUCACCACGGUGGGCUUCGGGGACUAUGUGGCCGGAGCCAGCCCCAACCAGAACUCUGCAGCCUACCAGCCGCUGGUGUGGUUCUGGAUCCUACUCGGCCUGGCCUACUUCGCUUCAGUGCUCACCACCAUCGGGAACUGGCUGCGAGUAGUGUCCCGCCGCACUCGGGCAGAGAUGGGCGGCCUCACGGCGCAGGCUGCCAGCUGGACCGGCACGGUGACCGCGCGGGUGACCCAGCGAGUCGGGCCCACGGCACCACCGCCGCCGGAGAAGGAGCGGCCCCCCCAGCCUCCGCCGCCGUGCCCAGCGCAGCCCGCCAGCAGACCCCUAUCCCCUGCGGCCCCGGAGAAGACCGAGCCACCCUCUCCGCCCACGCCGCCCACCCCGCCCACGGCCUCCGCGCUGGACUACCCCAGCGAGAAUCUGGCCUUCAUCGACGAGUCCUCGGACACGCAGAGCGAGCGCGGCUGCGCACUGCCCCGCGCUCCACGGGGCAGCCGCCGCCCCCUCAACACCCCCAGGAAGCCCGCGCGGCCCCGCGGCCCGGGGCGCCCCCGGGACAAAGGCGUGCCCGCGUAGGGGCAAGACCCCUGCCCGGGCCUCUCCAAGGGCUCCGUUCUUGCUCUCUCCCCGGCAUGCUCUGCUUGUUUAACCAAAGAGCCCUCUCUCGACCGACCCGGCUGAAACCUGGGGAGGAGGCUGCGGGUUGCUUGUCUGCCACUCUCUGCUCCUGGCCCCCUCCUCACUUCAUCCAUUUCCAGAACCCCAAGGCUUUCUGUCUCGUUGUCCGUCUGGGCCUGUCCCUCACAACAUCUCACGACUGUGCCUCAAAGCCUACAUCAAUAAACGAAAACAGUCUGCAUCGCUGCGGGCGUGGAGCUCCGGG